UUCUUCUUCCAAAUUUGUAUUCAUUUUUUCUCUCUAAUUCUAUAACUAAUAUUAAAAAAAAUAAAAAUAAAAAAUUCGUCUAAUAAAUCUAAAUAUUUCACAUAUUUCACGAUCAAAAAUGUAUAAUCUCCAAACUUACUUCGAAAUCUUCAAAUUCAAUUAACUACCAAGCUUGUUUCGUCAUAAAACAAUAAUUAUCUCCUUUUCAAAAUUUUCUCAAUCGAUCUCCUCAAAUCUCCUCCUCCCGACCCUCAUCGCUCGAAAAUUUAAUUUAAAAACUUAAUUUCAAAAAUUCAUUUAUCUCCAAAUUACCUCAACAAUGUCCGCAAAUUAAUACGACGCAUCAAUUCCCUUUCUAAAAUCCGAUCAUCGAAAGAGCGAGAAGAUGAUAGAUCGAGAAAUUCGAAACGAUACAGAGAGGAAUUGGAAAAGAAGCGGAGGGAAGAGAAGAAUGGCGCGUAGGUAGGGACACGGUUCGCGCGCAGUUUAUGAUAAUAUUUAAUCCAGUUACAGCGAAGGGUGAAUAUAGAGCGGACCUCGUGGUGGUCAGUCGAUGCCUCGAUGCACGGUUGGCAGCGGUGUAAUCCAGUUAUGCCCGAGCUACGGACGCAACGCGUUGUGGUUUAGUAACGUUCCGUAUCGCUUCUACGCGUAAUACGUUUCCGUGUUCGUUUCGUUCGUUGAACAGCUAUUUUCGGAUAUUCGAUUGAAGGGAUACGAGGGAUUGUUGUAGGGAUCGGGGAAGAAACGAGUGGAAAUUGGGCAAUCGCGCGUGGAUUUGUUUUAUCAAUCGUUUGGGAUAUUCGAUCGAAGAUUCAAAGCACUCACAAGCAAACACACUUCCAGUGAUAUAGAAUUUCACGACACUUAACAAUAACGAAUAAACUUCAUGAUAUUAGUGAUAAUCUUCGUGUAGUGAAGUGUCAAAAGUGCCAGCCACAAUAAUAAAUAACAAGAACAACCACGAAGAACAAUAAAAAAUACAAUAAGAAUAUUUUCCACAAGGAAAUGAUUAUUCGCUAUUCGCUAUUCGAUUUCGAUCGAAGGCAACAUAACCUAACCUAAGAAGACGAUCGAGGAUAAUACUUCCUCGACCCAAGAUAUUCUCCUUCAAGUGUCCAAUGGUUCUUCGAAGACUGGUCGAACAUCAUGCUCGAUCUCUUCUGCAUCUUGGUGCCACUACGGCUAGUAUAGAAUCGAUCACAGAAUACAACAAAAGAAAGGAUAACUGCGAGCUAUUACGUGGAACUAAUCCAAACGAGGAUACGCGUGAGAAGUGGAUCAAAAAGGAGCGUAGAUGUCUCUGCCGCGAUCUCUUGGCGCCUGGAACACAGUUUUCCCUUCGUACGCCACGCGCUAGACAUUUGAUGAACGACACGUGGCCUUAUAGUUUGAAUCGGCGAAGAAUAAAGAGAAACAGGAAGAAGAUGUCCCUCGAUGGGCUAAGAAUCGAGCAAUGUCGCGUAUUCUCGUCUCUCAACGACUCAUUGUUGGAUCAAUGAAAUUAUAAUUUUAAUAGAAGAUAAAGAGAGGUUAAGAGUGUUCAGUUCCUCGUAGAUGAGAUGGAGAUGCCUCAUGUGGAGAGAUGACGAGUAUAUUCGAAGAAUCGAGGUUCGAGUUUAUCUGCCUUCGAUGUAUAAUAUAUUGUUCAUACGUAUUAUCAUUAGAUUAUUAAAUAAAUUAUAGAAUAAUAAUAUAUAGAAGAAUUGGUAUUAAGAGACGUUUGAUCGUUCUUAUCGAAUUAAGAUUUUGAAAAUUAGAUCAGAUCUUAUUUAAAUCAAGAGAGGAGAUUACUUUUUUUCAAAAAAAUAAAAAUUUUAGAGAAUUUGAAAGAUUUGCAUCAAGAGAUCUCUGAUCGACAAAUUUAUUAUAAUUUUCGAAAGAAUUAAAAUUUUGAAAAUUGAAGUGGAAGAUCUUGUUUACACGAAGAAAAUCUUCGAUCGAGAGGAGGUUGUUACGAAAACUGAACGUGGUCGAGUAAACGAAAGAAGGAUUAUUCCAACGAUCGAUAUCCAUUCUCUUUUGUCACAAGAUGUUUAAUCCUCGAUACGGUUCCUAAAAGGAUUUCCUUCUUGAUCAGCCCGCUCAUCAAGGCUGAAUCUAAAAACCUAUCCAAAACGAAUCUAUUCCUAUCACGAGGAAUAGACAUAUCGAAAAGAAUCUUGGAAACAUAGGAGAUAGAAAAAGAUCACGUAUCUUCAUAUAUCUGUACAUAUUUCUCCUCUCUCGCGGGAAAUCAUCGUCGAAGAAAGAGAAGACAAGACUCGUCUUACACUAUAGGUUGCCUUUUCCAUAUGAUUGGCUGAAUUCGUAACAAAACGUAAAUAAAUUCUUUAAUUCUACUAUUAAAAUCACCAAAACUUCCACUUUAUUUCAGUUAAAUUUGUGAUAACUGAUUCUUUAAUUAAACAUAAAUAAAUUUCACCAACAAUAUUAUCAAAAUAGGAAAGUAAAAAAAAAGACGAAUCAUUUUGGUGAAGUCUCCUCGUAACUUGGCUAAAUUCGUAACAAUUAAUUCAUUAAAAACCACUAAACUUCCACUGGUUAAAUUCAUAAAAAUUGAUUCGUUAAAUAUAAAUAAAUUCCACAAGUCCACCAAUAAAAUCACUAAAAAUUUCACUUCUUCUAUUAACAUUCACACUAAAAUUGUUCUGUUAAGAAAAAUAUGAAAUAAAUAUAAAUAAAUUUCACCAAAUAAAAUCAAGAAACAAAAUACGAGAAGAAUAAAGCUUCUUGGCAAUCUAACCUAACCAAGAUAACCAAACUAUCAGAAUUGUAUAAUAAAUUUUCUCUAACCUAUGUAAAUUCGUCUGUUUCACGAUCUAUAAAUUCCGUAGAAGGAAAUUCUCCUUUAAAUCUUAAGAUUUAACGAAACGAUGAAUCUCGAAGCGAGGAAAGAAUAUCACAUCACAAAUAUUUAACGAUUUCACCAUUACCACGAGCACGAUUCUUUCAAACGCAACUGUACAGAGGGAGACACUAUCGAAAAUAGAGGAUCGAGAUUCGAGACAAGUGUAUCGAAAGAGCAAAUAAAGUAAAACAAUCGAUUGUGGAACGGAGAUCAAGUAGCAAUCGAAACAGGAGGUUUGUUGUUUCGUUCUCUUAGAAUUUUUCUACGAUUGAAGAAGUUCCUUUUGUGAAGAAGGAUUAAAGGAACAAGAAUGCGAUCCAAGUGGAGAAUCGGAAGGAUCGUACCCUUUAACGGGAAGAAAUGAAGUUAUCAGUGUCGGCUUACAGAGCUCAGGCAAGUGCUCACAAGAAGAUCCUUUCCAACUAUCAGCAUCAGCUGAGUUACGGGGCCACCAAUCAGGCGUCCUCGGCCCGGACCCCCUCUGAUCCCGCGACGUUCCUUACUGGCUUCAAGGUGGAUCGUGCGGAGAACGAGGAGGGCCAGGGAGGGGGUGGUCUGUCGACGUCUUCGGCGGGCUGCAGCGGUGCUUCCGGUUCGAGGAUGGGCCCAGGGCCCGAUUCCGGUAGCAGUGCUCCCUCUUCUGUUCCCCACUCACUGGCGACGUCAAGAGACGACGAGGACGACGAGGACGAGGAAAGUAGCGGAAGACGUUCCAAUGGCCACACAGGAACGCGGUUAUCCGAGCUGUACCGUCGAGACACUUCCUCGAGCCAUGGAGAAUCGUUGGACAAGGAUGCAGCUGGUGUGAGCGCGACAUCGACCACUUCAGAGUCUUUGGAGAGCAAUGGCCUCGAUACCGAGAUACCAGCCGCUGCAAGAAGGCCUCGUAGCACUAGGGGCUCACAAAAAUGGAGUAACGUACGCGCCGUCAUGGCGCUAUAUUCCUCUCUACGCAAGAUCAAGAGAACGAAGAGCAAUCAACGUUGGAUGAAGCUGCGCACCACCGUCCAAUUGUCAUCCGCCAUCUCGACGAUCCAGAAGAAACCGCCUUUGAAACGGGAAGACUCGUUCCUGAAGAGGUUCUCGACCAGGCAGAUACCCGAGAGCCAGGAGACGUUGGACACGGGCGAGGGGGAGGGGGACGCAGCCGACGACAAGGACUCGAGCGGGAGGCGGCGAAGAAGGCCUCGAAGGCUGCAGAGGCCACCGAAAACCGUGGUCAACCCGGACGAGAACUUUUAUUAUUAUUGGCUUAUGCUUCUCUCCGCCUGCGUGUUGUACAAUCUGUGGACGUUGAUCGUGCGCCAAAGUUUGCCCGAGUUGCAGGCGGUCGCCCCGGCCACGUGGCUCGCCUGCGACGGUUUCACGGACCUGGUAUUCUUUCUCGACGUUGCCGUGCAAUUCCGUACCGGUUACCUGGAACAAGGUUUGAUGGUUUACAACAGCAAGAAACUGGCAGGCCAUUACCUCAAGUCGAAAUCGUUCGUAUUGGAUCUGUUGGCCUUGUUGCCCCUCGACCUACUCCAGGUUAAUCUGGGGAGCAAUCCGAUGCUCAGGUUCCCGAGAUUUCUCAAGAUAUAUCGGGUGUACAAUUAUUACUACAUGGUCGAGUCGAGGACGGUCUACCCGAAUCUGUGGCGCGUGUUGAAUCUGAUACACAUACUGCUUAUACUGGCGCACUGGUUCGGCUGCUUUUACUACUUGCUCAGCGAGGCGGAAGGAUUCCAAGGGGACUGGGUCUACCCGUACAGGCCGGGGGAGUACGCGACCCUGACCAGGAAGUAUCUCGGCUCGCUCUACUGGUCCACCCUCACCCUCACCACGAUCGGCGACCUACCCACGCCGGAGACCAACGCCGAAGUCGUAGCGGGCGGCAAUCCCCGGAGCCUCGCUCGUCGUGGCCGACUGUCCCGGCUUCUGCAGUUCAAGCAUAACGGAGGGUACGUCUUCACGAUAGUGAGCUACCUGAUCGGCGUCUUCAUAUUCGCGACGAUCGUCGGUCAAGUUGGAAACGUGAUUACCAACCGGAACGCGAAUCGGCUGGAAUUCGAGAGACUGUUGGACGGUGCAAAGACAUAUAUGAGACACCACAAAGUACCGGGCGGAAUGAAGAGGAGGGUGCUGAGAUGGUACGACUACAGCUGGUCCAGGGGUAGGAUACAGGGUGGAGGUGACAUCAACACCGCUCUCGGAUUGUUACCUGACAAAUUGAAGACCGAAUUGGCGCUGCAUGUGAAUUUGUCCGUAUUGAAAAAAGUCACCAUAUUUCAGGAGUGCCAACCCGAAUUUCUUCACGAUCUAGUGUUAAAAAUGAAAGCUUAUAUAUUCACGCCUGGCGACUCGAUAUGUCGAAAGGGGGAAGUGGCUAGAGAAAUGUUCAUAAUAGCAGACGGGAUUUUAGAGGUGAUUAGUGAAACGGGAAGAGUUUUAACAACCAUGGAAGCCGGGGACUUUUUCGGUGAAAUUGGAAUUCUUAAUCUGGACGGAUUAAACAAGCGCACAGCCGACGUUCGUUCGGUGGGUUACUCGGAGCUGUUCAGCCUCUCCCGCGAGGACGUGUUGGCUGCUAUGAAAGAUUACCCAGAGGCUCAAGAGAUCCUGCAAAAUCUCGGGAGGAAGCGUUUGAUGGAGGCGCAGAAGGUUGCCAGGGCGUCCCGUCAGCCAACGUCCCCCGGCCACGACUCGUCCGACAACAGCACCGGGAAACGUAUCGUGGACAAGUUGAAGAGCGACGUGAAAGGGUUGAAGAACGCGUUGAGAAAAAGCAGGCGGAACACGAGGCCCGAGGAGAGCCUGGAGCUGCAGCCGCUGACCCCGAAGGGGCCCACGUUGAAACGGCAGCAAAAGGUGGACGACGGCCAGGACCCGUCGGCCUCGAGCGUUCAGGAGGCGCCUGUUUCUCCUUUGGGCGCAGGCCUGCCGUUGCUCGCCAGGCUGAGGCUGCUGAAGGAGAAGGAGGAGAGGGAAGAGCGUCGAAACCUGAUGGAGACCCAAGCGCACGCGGCCGAGCAACAGCAGCCGGGCCAGCAGGAGGCGCAGAACCCUAUGAAUCCCAACCUGCCGUUUCUCCAGAGGAUUCUGCUGUUGAAGGCGAAGAACGAUCAGGAGGCGAGGGAGGCGGACAAGGAGGCGCCCACCAAAGAGCCUCUGCUCCCUAAGAACACGAGCAUACCGGAGGAGGAGCAGCAGCAACAGCAGCAGCAGCAGGAGCAGCAGUCGAGGCAGCCGGCCAAGUCGAUCCAGAGGCAAGCCUCGGCGCAGGGCGCGGUGGAGCAGAGCGUUAAGUCGCCGACGAUUACGUCGAACGGGGCGAUGGAGUCGAACGUUGGCAAUGGGUCGAACGCGAAGAAACCUUGGGCAAUGUUGAAGGACGCCUCGCUGACAAAUAAGGAGAACUCGCCUCAGAGAAGCCCACCGGCCAGGAGGUUGCAGCUGAGGCAGAGUUUGGUCCACAUAAGGCAGCAGACAAAGAUGUACGCGUCCGUUGACGACCUUUCGCCCGAGUAUUGCGGUCUACCGUUUGUCAAGAAGCUGAAGAUACUUAACGAGAGGCAAAAGUUGGCGGAACUCGAGAAGGCGGUGAGAAGCUCGAGUUUGGAUUGCGGGGAGAACAACGAGAUCGAGUUCGAUGGAAACUUGACCAGAAGUCACUCGGAGGCUUGCGCCAUCGAGUACGCCAGGAAAUUGGAAAAAUUUAAUCAGAAUCGAAUGGCGUCGAUAUCACCGACGGAGCAACUCUCGCCCGAGAACGAGACGCUGGAGAGGCGGAACCUGAAGAGCAUACUGAAAAAAUUAUCGGCCGGGAGCAGAACCGGAAGCUCGGAGACCUCGGCGACGAGCACGCCGGACCGCGAGGCUGCCACCGCCGAAUUGAGGAAAUUGAUGAGGGCACCGACCAUAGAGGGGUACGCGGCACGCCACUCCAAACUCUCGAAGAGCGUCACGUUUAACAAGUACACGCUGCAGAGCCCACCGUCCGAGCAGAUACCGGUUAAUUAUCCGAUUGGGUCUCAUUUGUCCGACACCCAAGAGCAGGCCUCACUGCCACCGCCCAAUAAACUCAGUUUCCGUCCUUUGGGCAGCGGAGGUAUCCUGCAAAUGGUAUCUCGGCCACGAGAAGAGGAAUACUUGGGGGAGUUGGUGUCUGGUAUCAAAGAGAUCGUUAAGGGUCGUCUGGAGGAUAUCCAGACCAAGUUCGAACGGCAGUUCACCUCGUUGGAGCUAGAGAUUCGCAAGCGGGACGAGAUAAUAUCCCAGCUCCAGGCAAGGAUAUUAGAGCUGGAGCAAAGAGAAUCGCGGAACGCGGACGAGUCCGUAGGCGACAGCACGGAGCACGACGCCUCGUUGGAGGAGGAUCUGGACGACGACCGCGAGGACCAUCCUUUCAUGAGGGACGGUUCCGUGGACACCGUUCUGACCACCCAACCCCGUUACAAGCGUUCCUCGCCGUCCACCGAGUCUAGCUCCCAGAACAGGAGAUCGUGGGAGGAGCACUCGGAGGAGGAGACGUUGGAGCUGCAAGAAUUGCCCAGCUCGAUCGUUCCGCAGCCACUGUGGAAGGACGACGUGGCGAUCGACUUCGAGUCGAACAGCGAGAGCAGCAGAUCCGAGGACGAGUUGGACGACAGAGCGGCGAGGGACAGCGAGAACGACGGGGACGACGACGAGGAGGCGGAAGUGAGGAGGCAGGGGCGCAACAACUGGGAGGUGGCGAUGCUGGCGCAAGAGUUGGAGGCAAGGCGGAGAAGUAGCGAGGACGCGAACCCGGGCUCCUAGCGCAUUAACGAGAUUCUAGACGUACUGUGUUACCUUACGAGCACGUUGCACACGGAGGGCUGGUGCAACAGCAGGCCUGCCACCGCUGCUCGAAACGCGGCCCUAUGCGAGAACGAUUGCCCUUACCUACAGUUAGACAGCAUGACCAGUUGUAGGGAGACGAUGAUGUGAGGGAUUCGUUCCUUAUUUUCUAUGAUUCGCCAAGAGAUCCUGUGGGCCAAUCUAAUAUGAGAUCCUCGCGAGAUGAGGUUAAUACACGCGUAAUAAUAAUAACAGUCGGAUUUAUGCGUGCGUUUAAUCGCAUCGCGGUCGAACUCCCUCUCUGUGUACGUAAUAUACGAGAGAUGGUUUUGAGAAAGAGUGUAUAGAGAUUUGGGAUGUCGUUUAAUUCUUAAAUACAAGAUGUUGAUAGCAUAUUUUUUUUUUUCGAGAUUUGAAAAAUUUGUAUAUACGAAAAUGUUUAUUGAGAUUUAUUUGUUAAGUUAACUCAUUCGAGAGCAUGUCAAAAAUCGAAGAGGAUAUUAAUUUUUGAAAAGUAUGAAUGAAAUUUAAAUAAUAUUGACGGAACAACACGUAUAUUGAAUGCGUAUAUGGAAAUAUGUGGGAAAUAUAUUUUUUUUUUUUUUUAAAUUUAUGACACGAUCUUAUGCAUCAUAGAAUAGAAAAUGCGUUUCAUAUUGCAUCACUGCUCUCGAGUGUGUUACAACACGUAUUAGAUGAAUCGAGAGGGAUAUAGAAACAAUUCUAUUCGCUUCAUCUAAAUUAAAAUUUGUUAUAAUUAGAUUUUGGAUAUUUGUGCGAAUUAAAAUAUUUAUGAACAUAAUUAUAAAAAUUAAGUAUUUUACUUUAGAUAUUUUUGCAUAUCAUAUGCAUUCUAUAGAUUUUUCGUGCAUUUAAAUGCAUAAAAAUCCAUGGUCUAUUUAUAAUUUGAAAAAUAAGUCUCGAUACAGAUGUAAAAUUCAUUUCAGUAUACUAAUUUUUGUGUUUGUUUCAUCUCAAUCGAUUCUAUAUCCGUUUUACGAAUAUAUCAAUACUUUGUAUAAUUUCUCAAUAAUUUAAUGAUAUGUAAUUUAUCUGUAUAUUUGAUAUGUUUUCUAUUCAUUAUUAUUCUUUAACGAAUUUUUAUCCUAAGAACAUAAACGCGAAUUUUCAAUUUCGAAAUAUUUUGUUACAUAUAAAAAUAUCAUGCAUUUAAGGGUUAAAUAUCGACGUACUUUUGAUUUCAUUUAGAGUCUUGAUCAAAGAAUGUGAAUAGUAAUGCUCUUUUCAGAUAAAAUUUUCAUUUUAUUUGGCAAUUAAAUUAUGAAAUUAUGAAAUUUUAAUUUUGUGUUAGACGAGUUUUUAGUUGAUUUAGAGUUGAUUGUUUCAAACAAGAGGAAUAGUUUUACAAGAAAUAAAAUGAAAAUUGGAUAUAGUCUGUAGCGAAUAAAGAUGCAAUUUCGUUUCUCAAAAGUUGAAGUUUAUAGCGGUUUGAAAUUGUAUACUUAGAUACUCAUAUCUGCUACGAAGACUUGAUUAAAGAUUACGAAUUUUAAAACGUUAUGUUACGAUAGAAACGAAAAUAAUUGUAAGUGAGAAGUGAUUUUAAUUUGAAAAAUUGAUUAAUUUUUAUCAUUUAAACAUAAAAAAAUAGUAAAAUGAUUCAUUACAUGUUGUAAACGAUGUAUGGUACAAAUUAAUUUACAUUAAUCUUCAUCUAACUUGCGAAUUAAGUUUAUUUUCUAGUCACUUUUAAACCUAUAACUUUCAGCAAUUGAAAUAUAUACAUAUAACAUGUACAUUCGAGGAGAAAAAUAAGUAUAAAACGAAAUAGAAUUUCGUUUAUACAUAAAAAUAUUUGCUCGUGGAUUCAAAGGCAGCAUGUAAAGUGCAAUUACAUUAAUUACUUCUAAGCGUUGAUAAUAUCUGUCUCACCUUUCCCUUUCCUCAAAUUAUUACAAUAUGAUUUACUCGGAUCUAAACGUGAGUUUCUCUUGUCCACGCGCAAAUUAUAGAUUACAAUUUCGACUCGAACGAUCGAUUAACUUAUUUUAUCAUCAGAUAAGCACAAUAAGUGGCUAAGUAUAGGUAUCCUCUUAAUUGCAAGAAAUAUGUAAUUCGUUGUAUUGUACUAUUGAUAUAUUGAUUAAUGUAUUAGGUUGGUGCAAUGAAAUGUCGUUUUUACAAUGUUUGAAUUUAAUAUGCUGUUGAUAGAAUUGAAAGAAAAAGAAAUUUACUAUAAAUUAUUAUAUUGAAUCUGAACAAAAUAUUCAUAAAUUAUUUUAAGCUGGAAAAAUUUAUAGAAACUACAAUUCUUAUGAAUCCAAAAGAAUUAAUCAAUCCAAAACAAUAUUUGGGUGAAAUAAAUAAAAUUUAUUUAAAAAAAUCUCAUAUACACCAACCUAGCAUUUAAUAAUAUAUGUAAUGUAUGUAAUUUUUUUUUUAAAUACCAGAAAUUGUCUUUUUCAAUUAUUAAUGUUUCUUUUCUCAAUUAUUUUUAUUUUAAGAAAUAAGAUUUAAAAUUUUUCUUAUGUCCAAAAAUCUUAAUAACAUUUUUUUAUUUUAAAUCACAAAUUUAGAAUUCAAAAUUUGAUUAUAUUAUAAAUGGUAUUGUAAAUAAUCACAGAUGCCUGAGAGGAUAUUAUACUUGAAAUAUCUUGAACUAUAAAACGUUAAGCACCUAAAUGUGUAAUCGUGUGUACCAAAUGGACGAUAACUAAUUAUUAAACAUUAUCAUAUCGGGUAUAGUUCCAUUCAAAUUCACGCAGAAGAAGAAAUUGUUCGAAACUAGAUCCAUGCGAUUAUCCUCUUUUCAUUGUCUGCCUUAGCGACUAUGAACGACGAUAUAAACUUGUUACCAAUUCUACGUGAAAAAAAACAAUUUAGAUGUUUUAUUUUUUUUGUUACAGAGCAAUACAUACCUCUUGUAUCGUUUCACGAGAUACUUGUUAAAUAACGAUUAAUAAGAUAAAUUAUAAAUCUGUUAUUACGGAAGAGAUAUAUCUAUUAUAUAUAUACACAUAUACAGACAAACACAUAUAUAUGUACAUAUUCAUAUAAUUUUAAGUGGACGAUUUUAAUUUCACGAUAUCGAGAUGCUAAUUUAAGAAAUCUACAAAAUUUUUCUUGGAUAGAGAGUUAUGUGAUCUAUCUAUUCAUUCUGUGAAGGAUUUAAAUUUUGCCGCUCAUUUUUCCCUCACUUCAGUUUUUUUUUCCAUUCACAUGGUUAUUUUUAUAUCAUUUAUAGAGAUACGAUAUAUUCUGAUCGAGAAAAAAAUGAAAUGAUAUUCGAUACUACGAUGAAUUUGAAAAAAAUAACCAAUUUCGACGAAGUGAUACGCAUACACAUAUACACAUAUACACGUAUACACGGACACAUAAAACAUGUAUAAUUUAAUUAAAAAAAAAAAGAAAAAACGACAAAAGUUAAUGGGAAUUAUAUGACGUAUACUGACCAGACCAAGCUCAAUAUUUCUAGAGUCUUUACAAGAUAAAUAAAUCUGUUAAGUGACAAAUGACUAUUAAAUUAAGUAAGGAGAGGAAAUCUAUUAAGAAAACUUAUACAUACUAGCCUACAAUUUAUUUAUCUAUGAAUGCGAGGGAAAAAAGCGCGAAUGAUGAGAUAUACAUAUAUAUAGAAAAAAUAGAAAGAGAGAGAAUUAUAUUAUAGUGUGCGUGAUAGAGAGAGAAAGAGCGAAAGAGUAAAAGUUAACAAAGGAAGGGAGAGAAAGAGAGGGAGCGAGUGCAAGUGAAUGAGAGAGAGAGAGAGCGAGAGAGAGAAGAAAACGAAGAAUGCAUAAAAGGAAAGAGAACUAGUCUUGGAGAACUAUUACGAAAAGCAUUUUAGAUGCUGAUAUGUACCUACUACGCGAAUGAAAAGAGUAUACAAUAAAAUAAACAAAUGUUUUCAAA